AUGAGCCUCCACAACAAGCCCAAGAGUGAGAUGACCCCAGAGGAGCUGCAGAAGUGGGAGGAGGAAGAAUUUCACACAGGUCCACUCUCAGUGCUCACGCAGUCAGUCAAGAACAACACCCAAGUGCUCAUCAACUGCCGAAACAACAAGAAACCCCUGGGCCGCGUGAAGACCUUUGACAGGCACUGCAACAUGGUGCUGGAGAAUGGGAAGGAGAUGUGGACUGAAGUUCCCAAGAGCGGCAAGGGCAAGAAGAAGUCCAAGCCAGUCAGCAAGGACCACUACAUCUCCAAGAUGUUCCUGCGUGGGGACUCGGUCAUCAUGGUCCUGUGGAACCCGCUCAUUGCUGGCAAGUAG